AGCCUUUAGUACCGCGGCAAGCCCCGUACCAACCCCACGGCGACCAGCUCUGCAGAAACUGUAACUAACCCCCUUCUAACACCAAGUGAAAGAGACACUGUAAAUUAAAAAGAAAAUAAUUAAAAACAAAACGACCUAAAUAAAAAAAUUCAUACACUUCAACUUCCGGUCACAGACAACUUUUAUUUAUUAAAAAAAAAAGAAACAAGGAAAGAAAUAGUGUCAAUAAUGAAUAUUUAUGGGCUCGAGAUGUGGUGUCGGCGGCAAGCGGGGCGCGUCAUUCUUCCACUGCUUCUAGCGGGCUGGCUGACGGGCGAUUCUUCUGAGGCCUUGUCAUCAUUCGGAGUGUCCAACACUCGCCCCCCCGCCGCCCCCUCCCCUACCGCGCCGCCGGCGCGGCCGUGCUCCCGCCAGGCAGAGUGCGCGGGGAUAUCCAGCAGCUCCUGCGUGCGGACCCACUACGACUCCACGACCAGGUGUCUCUGUGGGGACAACCUGCCCCCGGUCAAUGGGCAGUGCGAGGCGCCGACUAAAGCCCUCUACCACGCUUGCGGCACCAGCGACGAGUGCAACGACGGGCUGCUCUGCGCGGUGCCCAACAUCACGGGCACCGCGCCGCCGCACCUGCGCGUCCACGCGCCCACAGACAAGAUCUGUCUGUGCGACACAGACAACGGGUACAGGGAGAAGGAGCAUACUUGCAGCGAUGCCGACAUAAUGAAGACGUCUAUUUUCGCCAUAAUCAUCGUCAGCUGUAUAAGAAAACUACUAGUUUAUUAGACAACACCAUUCAACUUAGCUUCUCUAUAGUUUACAUGCUUCACUCUGCAUAACCACUUGUACAGUUCGGUUCACGAAAGAUGACCAAGAUUGUGUGGAAUAUUUCAGUAUUCAGAGUUCGCCGAAGAUCGUCGUAGCUUCAAUAAUAACGUCACUCAAAACUCUCAAAUACGACCAUAAAAAUGCUCUCUAGUGUUCAACUUACGUGAAUUUAACUGUACCGUCUGAUAUACUUAAUAAUAGACUAUGUCAUCAACAAAUUCAA